CGAGUAGACGGAUAGAGGGCGAACGGGCGGCCGCCAUUGGCGCCACUGUCAGUCGACGCGGUUGCUGUUUUCGUCCUGUCUCGCACGACGACGAGCAAUUUUCUGGAUCGAGGAAAAUCAAGCCGAUCGCCAACUUAACAGUGUUUUCAGAAAAUAAGCAUCGCCAGAGAGAUCUAAAGAAUUAAAUAAACCUACACAACAGAAUGGAGGGAGAUGAUGGCCCUUCGGCCAUUAGUAACAAACCUACUAUUAUCAAAGCGGCGCAAGAGGAAAUGGGACGACUGGAUGUACUAGUUUGCGGACAGUGUCAUAGUGUGUUUCACUUUAUCGAGGAAUUUCAGGAACACCGCACAAAAGUAGGAGCUUGCUCUCAAGUGUCGCACUUUCGUGAAAAUACCGAUAAUGGGCAGAAGGCGCAAGUUUGGGCAUUUCUGCUAUGGAAAGACUCGCAGAUUCAACAGGAAGGCAAUGACAAAGAUGCGACUAACCCUUGGAAACUGUAUCAGAAAUGGUGCAGGAUGGACACACACGUUAGAGAUUCGUGGAUCACAGCGGGAAAAACCAUACAAACCUUCACAAAAAUUAGUAACGCAAAGAUGCAAGAUACACCGAGGCAGAUUCAAUCAAACACCACCGAAGGUACCAAACCCAUAGUAGUUCGCAAAGUCAUUAGAAAUGGACAACCGGAGGAAACAGGCGAUACCAAGAAAGACACCUCAAAGACGAUGGUGGAAACAAAGGCACAAGAGCCUAUGGAGGUCGAGACCGACAAGAGGGAGAAACCGAGGCUAAAGCCAUCGAUUAAGCCGAAGAAUAAGUCUGGCAAGGCAGCUACCGACGAGGAUGCAGCAGAUCUGAGUAACGAGGAGUAUGUUGUCGAGAGAAUUUUAGCAAAACGUCUGAAUACGAAGAAGAAGUGCGCGGAAUAUCUGAUCAAAUGGGAAGGUUACGCAAACGAAGACAAUACAUGGGAGCCCGCGGAGAACGUAGCGGUUUGCAAAAAUUUGCUGGAAGAGUUCGAACGAAAUCUCGCUAAGCAGAAGGAGAUGAAAGCUGCUCAGCAACAGACCGGUACGAAAGUCGUGGCACGUACGAGUUUACCCGCGCAGAAAACAGUCAUAAAAGUCGAAGCCAGCAAACCUGGACCGAGCACAGCGUCUCAAGCAGGGAGACCGAUGCGGUCCAGUAAGUCAAAAGCGAUGGAUCAAGUGAAGCAGUGGGUCGGUUCGAUGAAGGACGAGGACAAUGAUCUAACAGGUAAGAGAAGGAUCGAUUACUCGGAUAGCGACUCGGAGGAUGGCGGAGGUAAUGCUGCAAAGAGGACGAAAGCCGACACAGGAAGCGACGACGAAUGGACUGGAGAGUCCGAAGAUGAGAGAUUGAUGGGUCGUAGCGACGUGAUUCAACGUGCUUUCAAUCGCGCUAACGCUCAGUCCAACGGAUCCAACAGAGCAUCCGUCUCCACUACCGAUUUAGCGACUUCGUUGGGACUGCAAUCGCCCGAAGGGGCAAAAUCCAAUCAGCCUCCCGUUCUGGUGGCCAAUGCCAAAGGAGUCGUUAAAGUCGAUCCCAAACAGAUGCCGAAUUUAUCUUCCGGCGUUUACGUCAUGUCGCGAAAGGACGGUAUCAUCAAACUGGACUCGUCUCCCAGUGGGAAACUAGCGGUCAAAGGAUCUCCCACGACGCAGGGUGUUUUGAUGGUGCAAAAUCGAGAUAACACGAAUGUAGUGAGGAAGCAAGUAAUCUCGACGUCGCAAUCGAACUCGAUGACUCCUGUGAAGGUAGUCUCGAAGAUGGACGGCAGCCAAGUGGUAACCCAGAUGAAGGUGGUCACCAAGUCUAUCACGCCCAAGACGGCGAGUGUACAGAAGAUGGAGCCUAUUAAAAUACAGCCGAAACCGGACCCGUCGCAGUUACAGCAGAUACAUGUUGUAACCGCGGUACCAGCACCGAUAACUCUACAACCACGAAUAGCCGCGGGUAUAAGACCCGCUUCAGUCACGCCUCAACGAACAGCGGACGGUCGUCCUUUGUUGCCUAGACCGGCCCUAAGGGCUACAGCGCCGACCAGCGUUCUCGGUACUAUACGCACACCGGUCAGAGCACCGUCUCCGAGGCAGAUACAGCCACAGACGCCACGUCAGAUGCUGCAGAAACGCACGACAACGGUCGUGAGUACAACAACGCAAGCCGUUCCGUCGAACGCCGCUAACACGGUCACGCAGAUCAGGCCGAAAUUCACGGUGCUUACCGCGCAACCGAAGCAGGUGAUCAAGACAGGCGGUGGCGUAACCAGUCUGGUGCAGCAAGCACAGAAACAACAGUCCCCGAAGUCACCGGUGAGCAAGACGCAGACGCUGUCUCCGCAGCAAAAGUUACUGAUGAUAAAGAGGAAAGCGCAAGAGGCGGCCGGCAUAAUAAAACCGGGUGGUGGUCGUGGACUUUUGGCAGGUGCUCGCGCCGCUGCGGGACGCGGCAGGGCGAAAGUAACCGAAUCCUCCCCUACGACGAUCGCGCAUGUGGGAGGGGGGAACAAACCCAAGGAGAGUAAACUGGCCGAGGGUGAUGGGCUGCACAUGGAAUUUCACGAGGUUGGCUCGGAGGAGAGCAGCAGCGAGAGCGAACCGGACUUGCCCCCGCCCGAUCCAGAUACCAUCGCAGCUCCCGAGCCGGACAGCCCACCGCGUCCGUUUACACUGUGUCCUCUCACAGGACGUAUAAUGGGCCCGGACGGCGAACCGCUCGAGCAGCAGACGGAACAGGAGCCUGAGCCGCCGACACCUUUGGCCACGACGUUGUCCAGCGCGAAGACAGCCUCUCUCACGCCCGAGACCGCGACGCCAGAAGCCACGGCGGGUACAACCACUACCAUCGUUACCAACACUACCACCGCUACUACCACUACCAACAUCACCAGUACCACUACCGCCGCCACCACCACCACUGUCUCCACUAGUAACACCAACAACAACAAUAUUACCACCACCGCCGCCGCCACCACCAUCACCACCACCACCACCACCACCAACGCCAACACCAACACCGCGAUCAUCGCCAUCGCCGCUGCCGCCGCCGCCGCCGCCGCCGCCGCCGCCGCCACCACCACCACCACCACCACCACCACGACCACUGCUACCACCACUACCGCCACCACCGCCGCUACCAGUAGCCACAGUCCCACCGGCGUCGUCACCGCGGCGGCCGCAACCGCUGAAUUAGUCUUACCUUCCCUCGACUCGCUCACGGCGGAGAGCGGUGGCAUGGUGAGAGUCGAAAUGAGUCCCGGUGGUACCACGGGCACUAUCGUCCAAACCGGCGAAACUGCGCAGAUAAAUCUGUCAAGCGUCGCGGUAACCGCGCCGGAUCUACCUUGUUUGGACGACACAGUGCCGGCAGUUCCGGCGACAACCACGUCCGCGACGACGUCCUUGACGGAGACCGUGUCAGGCACCAACGAAACAUCCAUCGCCGCAGCGUUGUCGACGGUCGCGGCGACACCCACCGGCGUCACUAUGUCGGUGACAACGGCCGACGUCAACAAGAGCGAGGAGAAGACGUCGGAGUCGGAGAGAAAGGUAACCGACGAGGCGUCGAAUCUGGUCACUAUAGCCGAACACGGCGUCGUCUAUCAGGUUGCGGGGCAAGCCGAAGACGGACAGACACUCUUGGUAACGCGCGGCGCUGACGGUGAGCAGCAAUGCGUGUACGUUACUACCGAACAACAAGGGGACGAUGGCUCCGUUUUGACGUUGGAUCACGCUGUGGCCGAGGCCGUGGCGCAAUUGAUCCCGGACCAAGUAAAUCUCACUCCUCAGUUUUACGUGAAGGAAGACGGUGCAGAACCGGCCGAAAAUUCAAUGGUGAUGUCUAUCAUGGACAACGCAAACGCGACCGAUGUAGCCGGCACUCAAGAAGACAACGACGGACAGGCCCAAGUGGUAGCUCAAGUGGUACAAGCCGAGGAACCCACCCCAGGUGGAACCAGGAGAGUGGUAUUGCUCUUACCGGAUGGAAAUUUUAUGAUGACCGAGGUAGACGAGGAGCAAUACGCCGCACUGGAGCUCGACAAGUGAAGAAGAUAUAUGCGAUUCUUUUUCGCAGUGAAGAUACACGUGUAAUUCUUUUGCGUACCAAGCAGAAUGCACACGGCAACGUGUGCAACGACUUACGCGUUACGCGCAAAUUGUACGCUUACGUGUGAUCGUGAUUUGUACAUAUGUAAGAACGUUCACCUCGUACGGUUGCGCUCGAUGACGUAAUCUUAAAUAUUAUCGGCUAGAGUUAGAUCAGGUAUCGCAAAAUGAGAUGUAAAGAAAAGAAGAAGAAACGAGGAGAAAAAAAUGAGUGAGUGAGAGAGAGAGAGAGAGAG